CCACUGUUGAAAGGCCAAGCUUGCUAAUUGUUGAGGAAAAGUAAAUUUCGAGUAAAUGCAUGUAUGGACAAGAGUUUGCAUCAGAGCAUGCUCGCAAAUAUUUUAAGAAGGUCAAGAAUGCUCAAGAGGCUCACGAAGCAAUUAGACCCACUAAUAUUCGAAGGUUACCAUCAAUGCUUGUUGGAGUACUUGAUGAAGAUUCCAUGAAGUUAUACAUUCUUAUUUGGUCACGGAUAGUUGCCUGCCAAAUGGAACCCGCUAUCAUAGAGCAGAUGCUAUUGGAUGUUGGAAAUGAUGAUGAGUCAAUUAUUUUACGAUAUGCCUGUUCACGAAUUGAAUUUCUUGGGUAUCAGGCAGUUUUGAGGUAUAUUCGGUUAGUUAUGUCAAAGCUGCAUGAAAAUGGGGAAGAAAUCAAACAGCUACAUCCCAGAUAA